UCAGUUUCACUUCAUCCCUAACUACUGAUACAACUUGCAACAGCAACAUCCGUGUAAUCACACGGGGAGGAAACACACGGGUUAUUAUUUUAACAUCUAAUGAAUAAAAUAUAUACAGCAUGUAAACAACCAGAUACGGAUAUUCUGAUUCAGCCCUGGAAUAAAGAAGAGCUCAGAAGAGAUUCCACCCACUGGAGACAGUGAUAUCACUGGAUAAACAGCCCUGAGUUCUCUGACCUUCUGUUACACGAGCCAGACUUUGUGAGCAGAUUUAACAUAACAUCUGUCUGGCCCUUGACCUGGAGCUCAUGGAGCUGAAGAAACCUUUAGAUGUCUUGUGAGAAAUGAAUUAAACGUCGAAAUUAAAUAGAGUCUUAAAUUAUUAUUAUUUUUUUUGGGUCACCAAGUCACACCUUGCAUUUUUUGAAAACCUUUUAAACCAAACGGAGGACUGUUACUCGAUGCCAUGGACUUCUGAUUAUCUGCUGUUCAGCUUUCGACAUGGACCUGAUGGAACUUCUAGACUUAUGAAGAUAGAACUUAUUUCUUGGCGAAAAUAACGUUUACUGAUUAGAUUCCAUCUAUCCAUCUUCUAUACAUACUUCUAUAAGGCGGGGUACACCCUGGACAGGGUGCCAGUCCAUCGCAAGGCACACUCACAUACACAUUCACACACACAUUCAUACUACUGAUUAGAUUGAUUCUACAAAAAAUGUUGUGACCAUCCUAAAUGUAAGGAGGUUUCUAGGCUACAUUUGCUAUCCGUGGACUUCUGGAAGACUGUUACUUCUUGAUAGUUUGGACUUAUCUGGAGUAUCUUGACAUGGAGUAAAUUUUAUUUGUUGAUUUGCAGCAACCCAACUUUGAAGUUUUUAUUUAUUUAUUUAUUUUUUCAGCUUUUCUAUUUUCAUUCAAAAGGAGGACUAUUAUUUCUUGAUGACAUGGACAUGACUAUCUCCUGUGUGGAGAAUGCUAUGUCUUGGAGAGACAUGGAGAAGAGGAGAAGCUGUGAGAUGCGUUCUUUCUGGUUCACAAUGAAAUGAAGUGUCUAAAUUAAAUCUUCCGCUAUAUAUUUUUCUUUUGGACUGUCCUAAAUGUAAGUAAAAUUUUGAGGCCACCUUUUCCAUCUGCUGUCACAUCUAGGACUGUUACUUCUUGCAAUUAUGGACAUAGUCGCUUACUUUCCACUCUUUCCAUGAAGCUGAAGAAGCAUCUUUAUGCUGAUAAAUAUUGUCAAAUAAAUCUUCUUGACCAACCAGACUUUGAAGACCUUCUGCACUUUAUAUAUCUGCGUCAAAUGAGGAUCUCGGGUUGUGCAGUAUUGUUUGUUAAUCGUUUCUAUAGCAUCGACUGGAUGAAUAUUAGUGAGACAUUCCAUCAGAAGGGCUAUUAUGCAGUCCUUGAAAAUACCCGAUACUUAUAAAAGCAGCAUAUUCUACAUGUGAAGCUGAGUCAUGUGUGCACAGCAGCUGGUGCUAAGGCAGAGAACAGAACUGUUGGGGGCAUUGUGCUGCGGUGGCACCGCUGAACCUUUGGAUUCUGUGCUUGACCUGCUGCUGUCCUGGGACGUCCUCGUUUGGGAAGACUACCACAAUGUCCAGGGUCUCCCUAAACCCCUCUGCUCCAAAACCAGAGACCUUCUGGACUUGGUGUACACCAAAGGAGAGGAGGCCUGCAGUCUGCUGCUGGCAGCUUUUGAUCACGUCUUACCUGAGGCUCAGAAAGCUGGACUUUGCUUUGGGAAAGGUAAUUCAAGGCAAAGGGACAUCAAGAAGACUCCUACAAGCGCCAGUGAGGCUUUGUUGAUUGACAGACCAGCACUGGUGAAGAAGAUUCCGGACCAUCUUGAUAAGGUGUUGGAAGCUCUGAAGGAAGCUGGUUGCUUUACUUCACAAGACUGUGAUGGAGUGCUGUUACCAGUGUACACACGUUCUCAGAAGGUUAGAAAGCUGUUAGACCAAGUGAGGUUCAAUGGGGAAGGUGCUGCCAAAGCUUUGCUGCAGUAUCUGCAGCACAUAGACAGUAAACCUCAAAGUGUGAAAGAGGAAAAGGAACUCUCGACUGAAUGCCUCCGCUACAAGAAGAAGCUUUGCAGCUCUGUUGACAGUCAGUCAAAAAUUCUCAGCAUAUAUGGUGGAACAAGAAGAUUUUCCCUAGAAGAUAUCUAUACUGAUGGCCUUCUAGAAGUGGUGCAAAGUGACACAAAGGUUACAGAUCUGGGUCUGCAGGAUUUGGUGGGUCUGCUCGGGACCGUAAACGAGGAAGCCGAUACAAUACUUAUUUCUGGUGAAGCAGGUAUUGGUAAGAGUACCUUGCUGCAGAGGCUCCACCUUCUGUGGGCUCAAGGUACCUUGUUGACAGACGUUCACAUGCUGUUCCCUUUCAGUUGCCGCAAACUGAAUGCCGAGAAGAAUAUGCUCUCUUUAAAAGAGCUCCUGUUCCAGCACUGCUGCUGGGCAGACCAGGGUCAAGAUGAAAUUUUCCAGUUCAUUCUCGACUACCCUCACCUAGUCCUUUUCACCUUUGAUGGGCUUGAUGAGUUUAAGCACAGCUUCACAGAUGAAGAGCGCCAUUGCUGUCCCACACAGCAAGCACCUGUACACACUCUGCUUUUCAACUUGCUUCAGGGUACCUUAAUGAAAGGGGUACAGAAGGUGGUAACCAGCAGGCCCCAAGCAGUGGGUCCAUCUCUGAAGCGGUAUCUCCGCAAGGAAGUCCUGGCCAAGGGUUUCUCUCCUGUGGGAAUCGAACACUUUGUAAGGAAACACCACAAUGACAUCACUGUAGCUACUCGGGUUGUAGAGUCGAUCAAGGCUAAUACAGCCCUACUUGGGCUCUGCCAUAUUCCUGUCUUCUGCUGGAUUAUAUCAAAAUGUUACAAAGAGUUGCUCGGAUGUGGAGAAGGCAGCCCUCAGACAGUCACUGAUGUGUACCUCAUGGUUCUGAAGCAUUUUCUCCAGAAGCAGGUGCCUCAGCAACAUAGGACUUUGGGAAAAGGAUGGCUUCAGGAACAUCUAGAGCUGGUGAGAAGACUAGGACAGUUAGCACUGGAGGGUUUAGAGACUUCCUGUUAUGUAUUCACAGAGUCAGACUUGCAGAAAGGUAGCAUCACACAGCAGGACCUUGAUCUUGGAUUCCUUAUACAAUGUAAGGAUCUCUCAGACUACAUUGACUGCAAACACUUUGAGUUCCUGCAUGCCACCAUGCAGUGCUUCUUUGCUGCUCUCUAUAUUGUUCUCAAUAACAAUGGCAACUGCUCUGUCAUCGUGAAGCUCUUCCAGUCGCAAUUCAAGCAGCCAACAGGUAAUCACAACUGUCUUGUACACUGCAUGAUGCCUGUAGUCGAUGACUGCAAUGUAGCAGAGAGCCCAAACCUGCAGAUCACCUCAGAAUUUGUUGCAGGACUUCUGUCCCAGCGCUACCGCAGUCUCAUCGAACCGUCCUGUCCUGCUGUCUUGCUAGAGAAAAAGUCUGAAAAAGUCAUGAAGUGUUUGUCCAAGGGUAUACAGAGGCAUUUCAAAUCAAUCCCACCACCAGUGAAGGGUGAGAAGAAGAGCAUGCAUGCCAUGCCAGGUUUUGUUUGGCUCAUUAAGUGCAUCUAUGAGAUGCAGGAGAACGAGAUUGCUAAGGGUGCGGUGGCCAAACUAGAAAUAGAGCACCUGAAGUUAACAUACUGUAAUAUUGGGCCAGUGGAAUGCACGGCUCUGGCGUAUGUCCUCAGGUACCUGCCGAAUCCUAUUGGACUACAGCUGGACUUCAACUCAGUGGGGGAUGUGGGAUUGGAACAACUCCUGCCAUGUCUUCAUAUCUGUCAGUCCCUCUACUUGAGGAACAAUAACAUAUCAGAUGAAGGAAUACGCAAACUCGUUGAGAAGGGAGUGCACUGCGAAUGCUUCGUGAAAGUAGCGCUGUUCAACAACAAACUAACAGAUGAAUGCACAAAGUAUUUUGCCUGGCUGUUUAAGACAAAGAAGGACUUCGUUGCAUUAAGACUCGGAAACAAUAAGAUCACAUCACAGGGGGCCGAGCAGCUGGCAGAAGGGCUGCGGUACAACAAAUCACUGCAGUAUCUUGGGCUGUGGGGAAAUAAUAUUGGAGACAAAGGUGCCGAGGCUUUAGCAGAUGCACUGAAGGACAGCACCACGUUGAUAUGGUUAAGCCUUGCGGAUAACAACGUAGGCAGCGCAGGAGCUCGUGCCUUAGCGGAGCUUGUUAAGAGAAGCACGACACCUCUGGUGCUCUGGCUGAACCCAAACUGCAUUAAGAGGGAUGGUGUGGAGUGUCUGAUUGAGGCUUUGAAAGAGAACUCUACUGUUAAGGAAGUGUGGUUGAGAGGAAACAACCUGAGCGCAGAGGAGGUGAAGGAACUUAGCGAGCGAGAAAGCAGACUCAUCUUCUAAGGGUGAAAGAAUCAGACCGGUUCUUCGUUCUAUAAUCAGUGUGCUGUUUAUCCAUUUUAUUUAACAGAUUGAAUGUAUAAAUAAAACACGUAUUAACCGUUAUAAAAUGCAUCAACACAUCUUAUGGAGGAAUGUCUUCUACUUUUUAUUUUUAAUGCAAUGUUUAGCUCUUAAAUACAUAACAGGUGUUUUUUUGUGUGUGUGUGUGUGUGUGUGUGUGUGUGUGUGUGUGUGUUUUUUUUUCCCAGCAUUACCAAACAUACCAAACGCGGUUAACGAGAAAACAUACUUAUGGCCUGAGGUCAUUAUUACUUUAUUUUGAUUUUUUUUCUAAUUAAUCAUUUACUUUGAAUCUAUCUUUUGGUGAACAGAGCUGUACGUUCAAAGUGACUUCAUCAGUCAAUAUCACGAUAUCAUUGAAAAUAAGUAAAGAAGAUAAAAAUAAAUAAAUAAAUAAAUGAGUGAAACCGAAUGUCCUUUCCCAUGACCUUCAGGAAAUUCAGACGCUACUUCAACUUCCUCUUGAGCAGGUAGUUUGUGGAAUAUACCAAAUUUUCCUAGGGGUGAAUGUAUUCAGGUGUGCCAGUAACCAGUGUUGAGUAAAUUUUGCGGUUCACUAAAAUGUACAUAACCUACAAUGGAUGAGUCAUGGAAAAGGAUGUUGCAAAGCACGAGAUAUUACACAUUUACACAGAAAUAAUAAGAGUUUUUGAGGUAUAACGAGUGUAUAAAGUGGAGUUAUAAUGAGCUGGAGCAU